AUGGAUCGAGGCGUUACUUUCCAGACUCGGAUACCGAAACUUCCAACAAAUCAAACGUUUUUAAAGUCUCCUUCGUCGGGGAAGAAAAUUUUAUCGCAACGAACUGAAAACACGCAAAAGAUAUCAUCAUCCUCGAGGAGCGAUGGUAUCAUCGUCAACGCGGAGAGAAGUGGCGGUUACGACGACGACGACGUAAACGACGACGGACGAGGUGGUCGGACGAAGAUGAAGCAGAAGACGAGGAAGCAGAAGCAGAACGAGAGUCACAGAAAAAGUGGGGGGAGAAGAGAAGGAGGAGAAGACAACAAGGAGAAUAACGACGCGGAGUGCUUUGACGACGACGACGACGACGACGACGACGAGGAGGAAGGAAAAGAGUUACAAUCGGAGAAGCAGCAACAGAGAAUUGCGGGCGUCUGGUCGCCGCUGCCGCCGCCGGCGGCGAAGAUGAACAAAACGAACAGGAUGAAGAGGAUCAAACGAGAAGAAGAAAAAGAACGAGCCGAUACGAACAACAACAACAACAACAACAACAACAACACGGGAGAGAGGAAACGCCAGAAGACGACGACGACGACUCUCCCCGCGGAAGGCGAAAAGAUUGACUCGAACGAUUCCAUCUCGGAGGCGCUCGUAGCAAAGUUGUUGCAAUACAAACCGAAAGGAAAGACGCAGUUUGACCACAUUGGCAAGAUGAAGGCGAUGACAGAUUUCAUUGAAACAAAGCUCAAACCAGCGGUGAAGUCCUUAUCGAGGGAGAUGAUUGAAUACAAAGUCAUUUCGGAGCAAGCGACAACGAGUGCAAACGAACAAGUUGAGAAAGCAAAGGAAGCUCUUCAGCUGACAGAAUCAAAAUACGCCGCGGUAGUUUUGGAACGGGAGACACUAGUAAAGGAAUGCGGUAUACUGCUGGAAAAGCAUAGCGCGAAUGAGAAAGCAGUCGCUGAUUUUCGAGCGACCCUUGAGGAGACGAAUCGUAUUUUAGAAAACACGAGGGCAUCGACCGAAGAAUUAGAAUUGAAACUGAGCGAGAGCAGACACACUAUCGGGCAAAUGAAAGAAGAGCAAAAUUUGACCCGGCAAAAGCUCGAGGACGCCUUGACGCAAAAAACAGAAUCGGUAGAAAACGUUCAAAAGCUUCUCGCGGAAAAGGCUGGAAUGAUGAUGGAACUUGGUGAAUUGAAAGGAAUACGUUCGCAAAUUGAAACGCAAAUUCAAUCCGCGAAUGCCCGAGCAGAAACGAUAGCUAAAGAGUGUGAAACAGUCAAGGAAGAAGCGAACGAUUUGAAGAGAGAAAUCGCGCGUCUCACCAUCGAGUGCGAAAAGAAACAAGAAAAGGCCAAUAGCUUUCAAUCGGAAACUGAAAGUAUGAAGGCCAAUAUUGCCCGCGUUCUGGAAGAAAACAACGUUUAUAGAAUUCAGUUGGAAACGUCCAAAUCCGAUGGCGAGAAGUUGCUUGGAGAGUUUGAAUCGCUUCGAAAAGAGAAGGAAAAGUUAGAGGAGCUCAAAGCACAACUAUUAGAGGCAAACAGCGAAAUCAAAUGCAGUAAAGUUGAAGUAAAUUAUACAAAGUCAGAGUGUGAAAUGCUCAAGAAGCAGUGCGAAGCUAGUAAGGAAGACAAAGCGUCCAUGAUGUGCGAAUUUGAGCGAGUGAAAGGUGACUUGGAGCGCGCGGUUGAAACUUCGAAAAAAGACGCCGUCCUUCUCGACGAGAAGUUUAAUGCAGAACGCGAAAAGUUUGCAAAGCUGGAGAGUUUGUACGAGCAAGUUUUGAGAGAGAAAGAACACUUGGAGGAAACUGUUCAACAAAAAGAGCGGCAAAACCGAGAGCAACAACAACUACGAUUACAACAUCAAAGCAAAUCAAAGGAUAAAGAAGGCGAGCAGCCAGGGAGUUGUGAAGCUAUGCUGCGUAUUGCGGCUCUGGAAGCCGAGUUACUAAAAGCUGAAGCGGUGCGCAGAGAGAUGUUUAACCAAAUUCAAGAAUUGCGAGGGAACGUCCGCGUGUUUUGUCGAGUUCGUCCGCCGUCACCGCGUGAAACUUCGGAGGCUUCAGCGUCCAUUUGCCUUGAAACUCUACCUGAUGCAGCUACUGUUCAUCUACGAUUAGGUCCGGAGAAGUCAUCUUCAUAUGCAUUCAAUCGCGUUUUCAGUCAGGAAUCCACCCAGGAAGACGUCUUUGGCGAAGUUUCUGGUUUGGUUCAAUCUGCUUUGGACGGGUAUAACGUGUGCUUGUUUUCUUACGGUCAAACCGGAAGCGGAAAGACGCACACAAUGCUCGGGGGAUCCGACGCUACUUCACGAGGCAUCAUUCCGCGAGCAGUUGAGAAAGUUGUCGAAGCGUCAAAAAUAAACGAAGUUAAAGGUUGGUCUUAUACACUGAAAGCGUCGUACGUGGAGAUUUACAACGAGACUAUUCGGGAUUUACUUUCUACAGUCGGUCACUCUGAUACGACACACAAAAUUAUUCACGAGAAUGGAUCCACGACUAUUUCUGGAGUCACGACGGCAAUUGUAGAAUCUGUUGAACAGGCGAACGUGUUGGUGCGCAAAGCUGCGGGUGCUCGUAAAGUCGAAGCGACUCAGAUGAACGCUCACUCGUCUCGUUCGCACGCCGUUUUCAUUUUGCACGUCUCCGGGGAACAUGCCUCGAGUGGCACAAGAAUGGAAGGUGUGCUGAACCUGGUAGAUUUAGCUGGAAGUGAGCGAGUUUCUCGAUCUGGAGCCAGCGGCGAGCGAUUGAAAGAAGCGUGUUCGAUCAACAAGAGUUUGUCGUCCCUGGGUGAUGUCUUUGCCGCGCUUGCCAGCAAAGCAAAACACGUGCCGUAUAGAAAUUCGAAAUUGACGUAUCUUUUAGCACCAUGUUUGGGAGGCGAUGGAAAGACGUUGAUGUUUGUAAACGUCAGUCCAGAGGAAGAUUCGAGCGAAGAAACUUCCUGCUCUUUGCGUUUUGCAGAGAAAGUGAAUGCGUGCGAACUCGGGCGGAGUUCCCAGAGGAAAAUGACGACCCACAAGUGA